AUGGAAAUAUGGCAGCGCGGCCCAGUGGGAAGAUGCGAUGAAGAGCGGGGGCCGCAGGGUCACGUGUGUGUUCUGCCGGUCUGCAGUGCCGGGCGGUGCUAUAUAAAUACGGACGAAGAUGCUUUUGGAAAUCCGUGAGGAAUUCCGCAGGUUGAAGAGAAGAACGGUUGUUUCGGGGAAAGAAGUAGGUAGUUACCGUCGGGUCGCGCCGCGGCCCAAGUGCACUGUGGCGCCAGGCGCGGCCCUAGGAAAUAGAGUCGGCCCUGUCUGUUGCAGCUCCGGCUGCGCCAGUUCCUGCCUAUGUCCCAGAAAGGGUGUCGAAGAACGACAUGUUUCGUGCAAAUCAGGGGAGAACUUUGAACAGAAAUUUCGGCCUCAAGCGUUCCGGCAGCGAGGCUGUUUAAAACCCCUUUUUUUUCUGUCAUGGGUGGAAAAUGGCGGGACUGUUUUGGUGCUAGAGCUCGGCACAUCCACGCUCGCGCGCAUCCGCUGCGACGCGGUGCGAAUGGGUGCGAAAUCGUGGGGCCGACCUUUUGCCAUAGAAAGACACAACAAGCGUGUCAUUGGGAUCGCAGCUGAGCACUUGUGAUGUGGGUGGAUAAUUAAGGGUGUGGGUCAGGAAUCGCAUUUCUGGGGACCCCAGAAGCCCGUGUGUGGAGAAAAACGAAAAUCUGGAGUUAUGUGAGCGGGGUUUGAAGGG